UGUUCCGUUGUAAUGGAAGCGAGAAUUUGUAUUCUUUCUGUUAAUUUUUAAGCUUUGCAGUCAUUGUUUAGGUAACAUUUAAAACUUUUUUCUCUUCUAAAAAAUAAAUGGUUUUACCUUGCGGAGCAUUUGAUAUUCCUGCCCAUUUUAUCAUCAUCGAGACUUGAAUCACACCGAUUACCCUAGUGUUAACUUUCCAGUAUAUCAAAUUGUUUUCGUUAUAAAUUCGUUCUCAUUUGAAAGAUGGAUAAAGUUGAUAAAUUAUACCAAUACUAUGACAUUUUAGCAGAUCCUAAAUGCAACACUGCUGAGCAUGAAUCUAAAUAUUUGGAGAUAGUGAACGCUACGAAAGGAGCUGCAAGUGAGAAGAUGUUAGCUUGCCAGUUUAUUCCUCGGUUUUUAAAAGAAUUUCCUCACAUGGCCGAAAGCGCUCUGGAUGCAGUCCUUGAUUUGGUUGAAGAUGAUGACGUUGCAAUUCGGAAGCAUGCCGUAAAGCAUCUGCCAAGUUUCUGUAAAUAUUCAAAAAAUUUCGUUAGUAAAGUUGCCGACAUCCUUGCUCAAAUGCUGCAAACUGAAGAUUCGUCAGAAGUAGCGACAGUACAAGCUUCUUUGAUGACGAUUCUCAAACUUGAUGUCAAAUCGACUCUUCAAGGAAUAUUCAUACAGAUCUCUCAGACGGAGGAUGAGCUCAUUAGAAAACGUACCAUCCAAUUUUUAUGCACAAAGUUUAAAUUCUUACCUCCAGAACUGGCGACAAAGGAAAUAGAAGAAUUUGUACUUGAAGCUUGCAAAAAAGCAUUUCCCACCAUAAGUGGUGAAGAUUUUCUUACUCUGUUGCCUUUGCUGUCCAAUUUAAAAAUUGCGAAAACAAUUCCUGUUCAGCAGAUUUUGGUGCAGCUGAUUGCUGAACAAGCAGAGAUAGAUGAAGAGUUCCAGGCUUCCCCCGACAAUGUAGCCGGCUUCUUGCAGUGUGUACGGCAUGCUCUCCCAUAUUUUUCCCCGUUCGUGAAUUCGGUACAAUUUGUUAAUCAUAUUUGUAUUGUUGUUUUGCCAAAAUUGAAGGAAAUAAGUGAAUUUGAAAAUGGGGAAGAGAUGAGUCUUGAUAUUAUCAAAGUAUUAGCAGAAAUAUCGCCAUUUGUUUCUGAGGAUGAACAUUUAAAAGCGUGUAUUGAAAUUAUCUAUAAAAUCCUUUUGGAAUACAUUCCCUUACCACCUGCUGCUGAUAUUGAAAAUGGCUCUAGCACAGAUGAGCCAAACUUACAGUUCACUCACAUUGAAUGCUUUUUAUUCAUAUUCACCCAGCUUCUGAAGUUCUACCCCGAGUUCUUGACCUCUGCAGAAAAUUCCCAACUAUUCAAAGACUUGAAAGCAAGAUUACAGUUUCUAGCCCGUGGUGUACAAAGUGGCAUCAAAACAUUUCGAGAAUCGCUUAUCACAAACAAAACGAAAGAAGCUAAGCCGGAAGAAACAAAACUAAAAGCUAUUGCAUUGCGUACUAUGAACAACAUUAAUACUUUAAUCAAAGAUUUGUUUAGAAGUCCACCAACUUUCAAGACAACUGUUACUUUAUCAUGGAAGCCUGUUACUGCAGCAACAACUAAACUAACCUCUGAAAAACGUGAGAUUGAAGCACCAGCCUCUCAAGAUAAAAAGCCCAGGAGAGAUACAAAAGCUGGAAGAGAACUAUAUUCCCCUCCUGGUGGUAAAUAUAGUACAAAUGUAAAUUCUUAUCCUCGUACCAGAGGAUCUAACUAUUACCCUCGAGGAAGAGGACGACGGUAUUAUUAAAAAAGAUUUUAACUGGUAAAAAUAGCAUAAAUUGCUUGAUGUUGACGGAGGUACUUUCACCCUUUAUUGGUUGGAGUGUGUUAUGGUUACUAUGUUAAACUACAAAAUUAUUUUGUUGACUACAUUUAUUUUCUACCUGCCAAAAUAAAAAUCUAUAAUGUUGGAUUUUAUUUAUCGCUGCCCUUUUUACAAAACCUACUUUCUCCACAAGUGGAGUCGAUGGUUUUCUAAUUAGAGUAGUGAUUUUUUUUUAUGCUUGUUACCAUAUUGUAAAAAGAGCCCAUUUUUUUGUGCAAAGUGGGAAGUGAUUUCAUGAUUCUUUAAGCUAGAUUAAUUAAUUUUGGGAGAAAUAUUGGUUCUGGAAAGCAGUCAAUGCCCAAUGACUAAAAGAGACUUAAGAUAGUUAACUCAUAAUGAUAAAUUAUAGUGCAUUUAUAAAAGCAUUAAAUAGCCUGUAAUUUUUUUUUUAAAAUAAUGAAACUAUCUUAAUAACAUGCUGCACCAAUUUUUAAAAUUAUGUUUUAUUUUUGUGUUCUUUAUCCACCUGCUAUUUAACGAUAGUUGGGGCAAACCUAACCUGGCAGCAUUGUAGUGUUGUGAUUAGGAUUUGCAUAGCCUUCACAAUGCUGUGAGUGUAGGUUUGCUUCAACUGUAGAUAAAGAUUGGUAAGUGAAUCUGAAAAUGUAAGCUGUGUUCGGGGUCUGUUUUAAAAAUUUCAAAGUAGUUGAGGUUAAGUAUGAAUCAAAGUUUACUGAUUGAAAACCAAUAAUGAUAGUAAGUAAUCAUACUGCUCCCUGGUUUUGAAAUUAAAAUGCAGAAAGGUUUAUAAAUAGUAUACCAGAUUAAAGCCAGUGCAGAGGUUGAUUCAGGCGGACCUAAAAAUAAAACCUGGAUCGACCACUGCAGUACCAGGAAAUGCAUGUGGUUAACAGAAAACAAUGUAAUGUAGUAGCCAUGGCAGAUACUUAUUUGAUACAGGAAUUGGACAAUUUUGCUACGAAUUGAUUGCCAACUUUUUACAAUUCUACAUUCUGGUCAGAACUUUAUGUGGAUUUGGUAUGCCUCUCUUAUUGAAACAAUAAUUGAACAAAAUUUCUAAACGAAUCACAAUUGUUACACAUUCAUUAUUUCAUGGAUAAGCUAGAGCAUUGUUGAUUGUUGUAACAUUGUUCAUUAAAUGCUUUCCAACGCCAAAAUUUUUUAGCAAAUUUCUUAUUUUUUUCUAUAUUUUAAGUUACAGUAGUAAUUCUUUAUAAAAGCAUGUCAAGGUUUAGAAAAUGUCAUUUAUAUUAGUAAUUGUGUUUUAAAUUGAAUCAGAGUUCAGUAAAACAUACUU